AUGUAUCUUAUAUUUCCUUUCAAUUUCUUAGCAUUCACUAAAGGAAUUGAACUUCCUGAAGAUGAAUUUGAUUUCAUAGCACGUCGUGCAAUAUGCGCAGUAUUUCGUUAUCAAGACCUUUGCGAUUAUACAUACACCGAAGCCUACGCUUCAUCCCUUGGAAUUGUUCUCGAAAAGUUAAUCUUGAAAUUGCUGAUGCAACCAGAAUUUAAUACACCAGAACCAGUCAUUUCAUUUUUAACAAAAUUUUCCAAAAAAAUUCAAUUCACGGAUGAUAUCAAUUCUUAUGUCAGGAUUUUCCAUGCGGAUCCAAGGCUUCCACCAGUAGUCUAUAAUUACCGUGACUUGGAAAAGGAUAAUCCUGUAAAAAAUUUUUAG